AUGAUACUACUUUAUGAUUUCUUCUGGUAUGCCGAAGUUGUUCACUUCGCUUUGAUGGCUUUCAAUAGAUUUGUCUGUAUUGCAUACCCUGCGCAUUAUUCAACACUAUUCUCUAAGACAUGUACUGCUUAUAUCAUAUGCUGUUGUUAUCUAUUGGGAUUGGUAAUUUCUCUGCCUGUGCUAAUCCCAUGUUGCUACAUAUUGUGGGAUUCGUACGACUACAUAACUUUUUACAGCGAACCGCAUUCAUGGUAG